AUGUUGCUAGACAAAUUCAUUUUGAACAAGCGCCCGUGUUUCACGCAGGAGGGCGAACAGGUUGAAGCGGUUGUAGCGGAACCGCCGCCACCGGAACCAACCCCGACCCCAGAACCGGCGCCAGCCCCAGCUCCUCCGGCUCCUGCACCUCCUCCGCCAGCGGAACCAGCUCCUGCGCCGACACCGGUUGUCUCACCAGCACCUCCGGCCGAAGGUGCUCCAGCAGCCGAGGGUGCCCCGCCGGCGGACGGAGCUGCGCCAGCACCUGCUGAAGGCGCACCUGCAGCAGCCCCUGCGGAGGGCGCCGCGCCACCGGCGGAAGGUGCCGCGCCACCGGCGGAAGGGGCCGCGCCACCGGCGGAAGGAGCUGCACCCGCGGAAGGAUCAGCCCCGCCAGCGGAGGGUGCAACUGCUGAAGGAGCACCUCCAGCCGAGGGUGCCACACCUGCCGCCACUCCCGCGGAGGGUGCACCCGCAGAAGGAGCACCCGCUGCACCUCCAGCUGAAGGUGCGACACCAGCAGCGGAGGGAGCGGCACCGCCAGCGGAAGGAGCUCCUCCGGCCGAAGGAGCCGCUCCUCCUGCGGAAGCUGCACCGGCCGCACCAGCCGAGGGAGCUGCACCCGCAGAUGCGACACCUGCAGCUCCGGCGGAAGCUGCACCCGCGCCGGCCGAAACUAAUCUAGUUUUGAUAUUGCGAGUUUCAAUCCGCAUCAGAGGCAGUCCCGCGCUAAAGAGCGCGAAAUACAUCAUGAACGCACCCGCAUCGUAACUGAGAGAGAGGGGACGAGGGGGUCAUCUCGCCGCAACUCUCCUCUCGCGUUGACGUCAAACUUGGCGGAACGUCUACACGGCCAGGGAUGCGGAUGGAACCGGCGCCGUACCCGACGCCGCGGCUCGCGCUUUUCUUGUCAUCAUCAUUAUCAUUACCAUUAUCGCCAGCAUCGUUACCGUCAUCCCCAUUGCCGCCGCCGCCGCCGCCGCCGCCGCCGCCGCCGUCGUCGCUGUCGCCUCCAUCGCUCACGUCUUGCAUAUUCAUCACUCAUGCAUCACGAAAACUCGCGCACGUGCCGCGCGAGGUUCAAAGGGGCAAAAAACAAAAGACAAGAGGGAGAAAAAGAGAGAAAUGUAUGCGCGAGAAAGGGUCGCGUGUCACGGACACGAUAUGUCUUGCGGUCGAGAAACGCCGGCCCGACGUGGAGCCCACAUUUUCGCCUCAUAUCCGUUAUGAGAAACGCGAAUCCGCGUGUCAUUAAAAUGCCGAGAAUGAGGGGGAUGGAGGCGGAGAGGAGGAUACCGGCCCUUACUCGACGACGUCGCGAUCGCUGCGUCGAGCGUUGCGUUUGCACGCAUUUCGUCGCGCUCGCUCGUGCAUUCAUCAGCUUCAUCAACAACUUCUCCGCCUUGCGCGAUCAAACGCUCGCUGCGCCUCGACGGUCUCGCGCUGGAAUUCUGUAAAUAAUCCACGGCACGUCUCACACAUCACACGGCUCUCUUUACGCGGACAUCGACACCGGAAGCAGCUUCUGUACACGAGAAAUUGGAUUUCGUAAUAAAAACUUUUCUUCAA